AAAACAACGACACAACGACACAGGGGUCAUCAACUAGGUCUACCUACCUACCUUCUUGCCCAAUUUCAACCUCCUUUCUUUAUUGUCUACCCAUUCUCAUUCUAACUCCAAACUACCGGUAGGAAAUACCGGUGAGGAGAACAUUAAAAAACUCUUUAACAGACGACAUUUGGCGCCGUUUUCUUGUCUUCAUUCCUCCCCGUUUCUCUUCUAUUCCCACCCGCGCGCCUUCCACCCGCGCGCCUUCCACCAUGCAAGAGCAAAAGAUCGAGAGCGAGUUCGGUACGCUCUGGACUGCCUGCAGUGAACCUCAGGCAUCUUCCAAGCCAAACCCGGCUAUCUUGUUUCUACAUGGCAGUGCAACUAGCUCACGCAUCUUCGAGCCACUUCUAAAUUCGCCGGAGCUCAAAUCCAAUUACAAACUCGUUGUGUUCGAUUUUCCAGGCCACGGUCGCUCUUCCGACGCCCCUGACCCCAACAAAUCCUACUACCAGUACGCCUAUGCAGAAGCGGCCCUGGAAGUCCUCCGGUAUUAUAACAUCACGCAAGUUAUAAUACUAGGCUGGAGCCUUGGUGGGCAUGUCGCACUGGAAUUUGUCUCUGUGCUCGCGAAUGCCAAACAGCCCACUGACAUUCGUAUCGCCGGCAUCAUGAUUACCGGAACGCCACCAGUGCCGAAGCAGGCAAUUGCCGGUUUCCGCAAAGACGCCGAUGUGUCAGCCCUGUUCAACCCGGAGGCUUCCAAGGAGGACCUGAUCAAGGUCGCCAGUGUUCUUACCAAAUCUGCACCGCCGCCAGGUUGGCUGGUUGAAGAUGUCUUGCGCACGAACCGCUUGACCGGUAGAACUAUGGGUGCCAAAUUCAUGGAAGGCUACUGCAGUGAUCAGAUCAAGAUUGUGCACGACUUCAAAGGGUGGAUAGCCGUCGUCAACGGUGGGUCUGAGCCCAUUUUGGACCUGGACUACUGUGAUUCCGUUUGCAAAGGAGCACCUCGACUAUGGCGUGGUGAAUGUAUCAGGCUCAAGGAUGAAGGACAUGCACCAUUCUUCGAUAAUCCGCAAGGCUUUCUGACGGUGUUCUUGGACUUUGUCGAUAGCUGCAAAUUGUAGAUUUACUUAUGGAAGACUGAAGUAGCUGAGGCUUCGACCUGUUAGGCUUUGUGCCCCUCGAUUUUGAUGACUUGGGGCCCCUCGUGACACUGUCGAUUUGACUAAUUUUGUAGGCAUGUGAAGAACGCAGCGAAAUUUGCAGCGGGUCAGCCACCAACUGUCAGUUACACAGGGGCCAAGAACGGUUGAGAUCCCAUGUCUCCCAUGGUUUAAUAACUCGUAAGAUUCGUUGCAUUGGAUUUGGAGUGUGUGGUAAGUACCGAUGUGUAGAUCAUCAAAUGUGUAUUAAGGUGUUACAUUUCU